GUGGUUUGAGUUGGGCUCACACUUCCCCUGUCACAGCUUCGGCACAAGCAGACCUGGAAUGCAUCCAGAGACGACCACGGAGACAAAUAAGAGUUAGUAGCACUGAACAACGGCUGACGCGACAUAAAUCCAGUCGCCAUGAAACUAUCUGGUCAACUCCUGAGGCUGUGCACACAUGGACUAUUUGUGUCCAUUUGUUUCAUCGUGUUGUUCUCUUAUGCAACAGACAUGUCAAUGAAGGUCAAAGCAAGGAGGAUGCAUCAGAGGCAGGAGGAGAGGAGGCAGCAGAUUAACAAAACAUGCAACUCUAACAAGCAGAGAUUUUUUGAGGAACCAAAUCCUGACUUGCUGAACCACUUACUCGUGGACGAUGAACACUGUCUCAUCUACUGUUACGUCCCCAAGGUGGCGUGUUCCAACUUGAAGAAAAUCAUGGUUACACUGAAAAGCGGUCCACCAUAUGGCGACCCCAGUAUAUUAACUACCACGGUCCACGACUCCCAAAAUCUCACUUUCCUAAAGGACCUCCCAAAACAUGAGAUCACGGCAAAGCUAAAGCACUACACCAAGUUCGUGUUUGUCCGGGACCCGUUUGUCCGCCUCAUCUCUGCCUACAGAAACAAGAUUGAAGUACCUCAGGGCUACUUUUAUGGGCGGUAUGGCCGAAAUAUUCUGCGUCUCUAUGGCAACCAAUCUAAUCCACCCGCGGACUUUGAGCUGGCACGUGCAUCAAAGCUGAAGGUCUCAUUCGACAACUUUAUUCAAUACCUGCUGGACCCACAGACUGAGGGAAAGUCUGAUGAUGAACACUGGAAACAGAUGAACAAAGUGUGCUUCCCCUGCCACAUACAAUAUGAUUUCAUUGGACACCAGGAAGACAUGAACGAGGAUUCUGAAGAUCUGCUGGAAAUGUUAAAGCUGAAGAAUGAAAUUCGGGUGCCCCAGUCCCCUGUAAUCCGGACUAGCUAUGAGUCUUUGGCGCAGUGGUACACAACGUUGCCUCUGAGUACCAGGAGGAAACUGUACAAGCGCUACGAGAUGGACUUUGAGCUCUUUGGCUACAGUCGGCCGGAUGGACUGUUGGAAAGUUAAAACAAGGUCAUCGGUUCAUCUCGGAGGACAACUCGUGUGUCAGCAAAUAAAAAUUUAAAGCUCGAUUUUA